AUGCUGGAAGAAGAUACAAGUUUGUUGUCCGAAGACGCGGGACAGGGUGUCUGGUUCGACAUGGCGAUGCUAUUAAAGCACGGUUAUACCCAGAUCUACAAUGAGUUAGGGGAUCUCGGCUAUGCCAUCGUGACCAUGAAUCCCCAUUUCAUAUGGCACAUCCAAUUAUUCACACAUUUCUGUGCUCUUGUUUCCUCCGAUGCCGCUCCCAACCGGUACCAGGUGCCGUUUAAAGGCCUCUUGACCUUCAUUCGGGCCCUUUUUUCCUAUCACGCUUGUCACUACUUGGUCGCUGCUAGGCAACAACAUCACUUUCUGACUGUCUGA